UCCUUGCAGCCUCCGGCUCCAUGAUGUGGGAAUUGCGAUCCAUAGCCUUCACCCGGGCUGUCUUUGCAGAGUUUCUGGCAACGUUGGUCUUCAUCCUCUUUGGCCUGGGCUCUGCUCUGAACUGGCCCUCAGCUUCCUCCCCGAGCAUCCUGCAGAUCGCGCUGGCUUUCGGCUUGGCCAUCGGCACACUGGUCCAAGCCUUGGGGCACAUCAGCGGAGCCCACAUCAACCCAGCAGUGACCGUGGCUUGUCUCAUCGGCUCCCAGGUCUCCUUCCUCCGUGCGGUCUUCUACGUGGUGGCCCAGCUCCUGGGGGCCGUGGUGGGAGCUGCAAUCCUACACGAGAUCACCCCAGCAGACUCCCGGGAAGGCUUGGCCAUCAACAAGCUGCACAAUGAGACGACGACGGGGCAGGCGGUGACCGUUGAGCUCUUCCUCACCUUCCAGCUCGUCCUCUGCAUCUUUGCUUCCACGGAUGAACGCCGGGAGGACAACCUGGGGUCUCCUGCCCUCUCCAUUGGCCUCUCUGUUGCCGUGGGACAUCUCCUUGGGAUCCGUUACACUGGCUGCUCCAUGAAUCCAGCCAGAUCUUUCGCCCCUGCUGUGAUAGUCGGAGACUUCAGCGACCACUGGGUCUUCUGGGUGGGUCCCCUGGUUGGGGCAGUAGCAGCUUCCAUCAUCUACAACUACAUCCUGUUCCCACAAGCCAAGACCUUCUCAGAGAGACUCGCCAUCUUCAAGGGCUUCGAGCCCGAGGAGGACUGGGCAGAGCGCGAGGUCCGGCGGCGGCAGUCGGUGGAGCUGCACUCCCCACAGAGCCUGCCAAGGGGGAUGUCCGAGAAGGUUUAGCCCAAACAUCCCCCCAGGACAAGAGAGGAGCCGGGGAACACUCUGCAUCUGUUCCAGAGCCGGUGCUUGGUCAGUGUCUCGCCUCUCCCCUCUCUCCCUUCAUUUCUGCUUCUUCAUUUGAGGAACUCAAGUUGGCUCUUCUUCUGGGGAGAUGCCCUGGGAUGGUCCAACCCACCUCCAGCUGCCCAGCUCUCCCCAUGGCCAACAGUUGUCUGAUGCUGGGGGGAUAUGCCAUUAAAUCAAAGCCACCAGGAACGAGGACACUGCGAUCUGACCCUCCUCUGGCUCCUUCCAUGUCUCCCUGGUAGGAGGUAGCGCUCGGUGGAGCUUGUUGCCCUUCAUGAAGAGCUCCAAGGUGCUGUGGGGAGUUGUUAUUACAGCCAUUUGCUGGGUGUGGAGGUUGCCACCCGAUGCCUCAUUGCUGUUGAACUCCACUCACCUCUCUCCCAUGUCUUCUCCCUGCCUGGCUGUUUGCACACACACACACACACAUACACUGGAGGGCUCAAUCCAGGCCGUAAGUAUCUCUGAAGCUACAAGUUUGGCUGCUGCGAGGAACGGCAUUGCCAUUUACCACCCCACAGAUGCCCUUUGUUCACAUGGAAGCUUUCCUGAGAAGAUGGGGCUGGAAGCAUGUCCUUGAGUCCCUGCUGACCCCAUUGGGGAGCUCUUGCAACUGGUCUCUCCUGUGACAAUGAGAAACCUCCCAAUUUUCAGCCCAAAUCCAUCCAUGGCUCAUUUGUUCAUGGACCAGUGUUGUCUUUCAGCUUUGAUGCUUCAUCUCUCUCUGGUUUGUGUUUUCUUUCCUCUGUUCCUGUUCCAUUCUGAUUCUCAGAUGGGUAACACAAAGCAUUUCAAGUAUGAUCUUCUCCAUCACUUGCUUCCUACAGCCCAGACCCUUUCCAUGGCUGCAUGGCACCAAAGCUUCACAACCAUCCAAACCCCUUUCUUCUGCUAUUAUGGCCACCAGCAGAGUCAAAGAAUUUGGGUUAGUCUUUGGGAUGCAGCUUUGCUCUUUCAACCAUUCAUUUAAUCCAGCUUCUGUUACGUAGCCUAAAAGCCAUAGGUUUCCAGCAGGACAUCCUAUAGCUUUCUUCUGUUGGUGAUGUCUCCCCAGCAUUACACCAUUGCAAAACAUCAUCACCACAUUAAGGCUUCUUCUGCUGAGGUUGUUAAUGGAAAACAUUCAGUAAGAUUGGCCUCAAUUCCAAAUCAUAGAGAAUAUUAGUGAUCAUUUUCUGGUUUGACAUGAACCACCACCAAACGAUGCUCUUCUCUUCCUGUCCAUCCACUGUGCUCUGCUUGUACCAGUCUCCUUCUAUUAAAUGCAUAAUUUCCUCUAUUCCUCACUGUGCUUUUGCUCAUCCAUCUACUAAAGGCUGUCGUUGGAGGGACAAGGAGUAAACAAAGCUCUGCUCUGACCCAGACAAGGCGUCCUCAUGGUCUUCAUUUCACCACACCGAGUGAAGCUGAGAGCACGGGAGGUCCUGCAUCACCUCCUCUGGCUGUCAUCUGCUGUCCCUGAUGCCACGCUGCAAAGCAAAGGGAGAAAGUCCAUCACAAGCUUUAUUUGUUGUAGCCAAGGAUCCAUUUUACACCUCUAGUAACUACCCCCAGAAGGCUGCUAUCAAGGUUUAGUGCUGCUUUAACUCAUUCUCUGCCACAGCAAAGGUGCUGAUUCUGGUCCUUCACUUUGUUCCUUCAAUGGCAAAGGAACAUUUGAAUGGUAUUUUGGAAAAGGCUUUUCAACCAAUCUGUUUUCAACAAUAAGAAUUAAAAUCAGGGCUCAAAUCAGAGUGUAAAAUUGUAUUUACAUCACUGAAUAUUCGGGUUUAAAGGUAGUUUUUUACUGUUCAAAGGGGAAAACAAGCCUGCAUAUGUCAGGAAAACCCAAAGCAACUUACCCAGGAGUUACCCUGUUAAUGACCUGCUCUAUAAAAUGCCAUCCAUCUGAAUCUUUUGGGGUUUUUUUGGCAAUGUUCAAGCUAUUUACACACCUCUUUGCCUUCAGAUCUAAGCAUUUCGUUUCUUAUUUACCCUGACAAUGUUUCAGACUCACAUAAGCAGCACAGGGCCCAAAAAUGGAUUUAAAUGUUUAAUAUUUACGGCACUCUUUCAAAUAAAGGGCUUUAAUUUCA